UCGUCAGUUGCAUGGAUGUUGUGAGCGUGUGAACGAUACUCAUUUGACAUUUGCAGAGGAUUUCAGAGGUAUAAUGACCUUAUUCGUAAUCACUCAAGCUAUCUAUCAUAGCUUUCACAAGGAUCCACAGUGGUAGAUAGCAGAGAAACAAAACAACAUCAUGUCUUCAUGUUGGCCAAAGAAGCUGUUGUACUUGGCAUCACAGCACACCACCAGAACACUUCUCAACAAGAGCACUUGUGUUUGUUCAACGAGCCCCAAUCUGAGACACUAUACCUGUGGAAAGAAUCCAUCCCGGAGGAGAGUAGCAAUCACUGGAAUAGGACUUGUCUCUCCUCUCGGCACAGGGACUACUCUACCCUGGAACCAGCUGAUUAACGGUGCCAGUGGGAUCGUCGCCCUUGACUCUGAGAUGUAUAAGACAGUCCCCUGUAAAGUGGCAGCCCUGGUGCCCCGAGGGGAUGGAGAGGGCCAGUUCAAGGAUGAGAGAUUCGCCACACGCGGGGAGAUCAACAGUAUGUCACCAGCCACUGUCAUGGCUCUCGCUGCCGCCCAGCUGGCACUGGAGGAUUCUGGGUGGUAUCCCAGCAGCCCUGAGGAGCAGCUGACCACAGGGGUGGCGGUGGGGAUGGGCAUGGUUUCGCUGGACGAGAUCGCCAAGACGUCGGCCAUCUUCCAGGCAAAAGGUUACAGUAAGGUCAGCCCCUUCUUUGUGCCUCGUAUCCUGGUCAACAUGGCUGCCGGUCACAUCAGCAUCAAGCACAAACUGAAAGGCCCCAACCACGCCGUUUCCACUGCCUGCACCACUGGAGCCCAUGCCCUCGGUGACGCAGCCAGGUUCAUCGCCCACGGAGACGUCAUCGCCAUGGUAGCGGGUGGGACAGAAGCCUGCGUGGGACCUCUGUCAAUCGCGGGGUUCGCCAGGGCGAGGGCUCUGAGUACCCACUGGAACGACCAGCCAAGGCUGGCAUCGCGGCCCUUCCACCCAGAGAGGGAUGGGUUUGUAAUGGGUGAAGGGGCUGCGGUGGUGCUUCUGGAGGAGUGGGAGCAUGCUGUGGGGAGGGGGGCCUCGGUGUACGCUGAGGUGCUGGGGUACGGACUGUCAGGGGACGCCAGCCACAUCACAGCCCCCGCUGCUGAUGGAGACGGAGCCUUCAGGUGCAUGUCUGCAGCGCUCAGAGACGCCGGUGUGGAACCGGCCCAUGUGACGUACGUGAACGCACAUGCCACCUCUACACCACUAGGUGACGCUGCAGAGAACACUGCCAUCAAGAGACUUUUCCAGCAGCACGCUGCCGCCCUGGCUGUCUCCUCCACUAAGGGGGCCACGGGGCAUCUCCUGGGGGCUGCCGGGGCCCUGGAAGCAGCCUUCACUGCCCUGGCCUGUUACCACAGCACUUUGCCACCCACCCUCAACCUGGACCGCACCGAACCAGAGUUUGACCUGAACUAUGUGCCUUGCACAGCACAGCAGUGGAAGACAGAGGGCAGGCGGGUAGCUCUCACAAACUCUUUUGGGUUUGGGGGGACUAAUGCGUCGCUGUGUCUCGCCAGUGUCUGAAAAGCUUGUCUGAAGGAUUUACUUCUUACUGGUUUUGUAUGGGAUUUGAUUUCACAACAGGUUCUUUAUAGAUUCCUAGUAUUUCAGUUUCAAAAUGUUCUCAAUAUUAUAUUGGGACAUGUAAUGCAAACAUCGAUCAUACAAUUCUGAUCGAUGUUUGCAUUUUGAUCAUUCAAAUACAGAUAUGCUUUGUGUACUUGAAUACAGUAGUACAGUGGCUUGCGAAAGUAUUCAGCCCCCUUGGCAUUUUUCCUAUUUUGUUGCCUUACA